UUAGCUGGUUACUGUGCUGUGGCGGGACCCUUUUAAGGAAGAAGUCCUAGAACCCCACGGGGUUUCCCACAGUGGACCCUGGUGAACUGCCAACAUUUGAUUAUUCACCAAUCGGUUGCCGACGUUGCCAGCUCAAUUGACUUUAUACUCCGACUGACUUACCCUGACAUCCAAAGUCAACUCUGUUUAUAAAGAAAAGCAAUUCUGAGCUCUUCAUCCUGUGGCCUGAUAGGUUUCCGAUCUUGAACCAACUUGCGGAUUAUACACUUACUGAAUAAGUGAUUCUCCGGACAUCAGAGUCGCAUCCAGCAAAGACAAUUCAAGCAGUGAUUCCAUGUGGAAACCUGAACGGUGUGGAAUGGAGAUGAAGCCUGAAGCUUCCGGACAAGGUCGGAAAAGGAAAAACCAGGAUGAGUUGGGGAGGGAGAUGGUGCCUGAAGCUUUGGAACAAGGCAAAAAACCGAGAUACCAGGAUGAAGGUGGAACGAAUUUGGAGUUUGAAGAGCCCAGAAAGGCUCAGAAGAGGGUAUCUCAGGAACAGCGAGAUCUAGAGCUUCUGAGUGAACAACCAAGCAAAGAGCAGAUACAGGAACGUGGGGAAGAGAGUUCAAGACAACUAAAGCCCCUAGAGUGGGCCAAAGGUCCACAGGAGCAGGUUGUAACUGGGAAAAAGUCUGCUGAUGGUGGCAAGGGUCGCAAGCGGCCCUAUUGCGUCAUGGAAGAAUAUGAUCAACCCCACCAAAGGAAAAAGUACCAAAAGUUACAGCAGGUCUUUCAACCCAGUGAUCAUGUGAACUCUGACCCACACAGCACUCACACAACCCAUAUGGAUACCUUGAGGGUCAAAGGUUGUGUGGAAGGGCACAGUCGUGGAUCCGGAACAACUCAGCGUGAUCCAAAACAAUCUACUGUUGCUGCUGCAACAGAAUGUCUCUCACCAGACAAGAGAGAAAAGCCGUGUUCUGAGAAAUCUUCUGAAACGCAGAAGAAAGAUGAAGUAAACCUUGAAGGAAGAAAGGGGCACCACUUGGAGCCUGACUUACUAGGAGCACAGACUCCAUUUUCCCUGCAUAGUGGCGGCAGUAGGUUACUCCCCAACAAGAUGCCAGAAUUCACAGCAAAGAAAAUGCAUGUUGCAGACCAGGAAAAGGGCAGAGGAAUGGAGGAAGUCCUUGAUGUUACAGAGGACAUGGAAAAAGAAAUCAAGAACGCACUAGGUCCAGGGCCCCAAGAGGAAAUCUUGAGUAGAGCAUUCAAAUUGCAAAUUACUAGAGGAGAUAUCCAGACACUAGGGAAUGGUCAAUGGCUCAAUGAUGAGAUUAUCAAUUUUUAUAUGAAUCUUCUGGUUAAGAGAAAUGAAAAUCAAGGCUACCCAGCUCUUCACGUGUUUAGCACUUUUUUUUACCCCAAACUAAACCAUGGCGGCUAUAGUUCUGUUAAAAGAUGGACUCGAGGAAUGAAUCUUUUUGAAAAAGAAAUUGUUCUAGUGCCUAUUCACCAGAAGGUACAUUGGAGCCUGAUAGUAAUCGACCUAAGAAAGCAGAGUAUCGUAUACUUCGAUUCAAUGGGACAGACAGGGCAGAAUAUUUGUGAGACCAUCUUCCAAUAUUUACAAAACGAAAGCAAAACUCGAAGGAACAUAGAGCUAGACCCUUCUGAGUGGAAGCAAUACAGUGUGACAUCAGAAGAGAUUCCUCAACAGCUGAAUGGGAGUGACUGUGGAAUGUUUACUUGUAAAUAUGCAGAUUACAUUUCUAAAGACCAGCCUGUAACCUUUUCUCAGCAACACAUGCCCAUCUUUAGGAAGAGGAUGGUGUGGGAAAUUCUGCAUAGUCACUUACUGUAACAACAUCCACCUGGUUGCUAUGGCAACCCUGCGCUUUUUCCAUCAAUGUUUCUAUAUACCUCAAGCAAGAUGGUUGAAAAUAUUUAAAACAGAUACUGAGCUAUCUGACAUAGAUAAAGCUCACUCUUCAAUGUAGUCCUAACUUGGGGAGUCCUGCCCAAUGCCAUCUAUAGGAUGCAAGUAACUACUACAAGCUUAGAAACUGCUGUUCAACCCACACAAGAACACAUCUUCAAAAAUAUUGUUUUAAUGCUAGAUUUAGUUUAUGAAUUUAGUUGUGAAUCUUCUUGUCCCACCCCAAUGACUGUUUAUGUUUUCAUUAACUUGUUUGCCAACCUUGGCAGUUGUGAUUUUUCAAUAAUCUGUAAUUAUCAAUUCUAUUCCUUGUUUGAACUGUUUCUUCUUGAAAAGAAUGCCUGUCACAGUGUCAUUCCCUGCAGAAGACCAGGAGGGGCAUCAGCAGGAAGAGGAAAGAAGUGUUGACAAGCAUCUCUAACGCUGGAGUUGUAUUUGUUUAAUUGAAGCUGUGUGUGUGUGUGUGUGUGUGUGUGUGUGUGUGUGUAUGUGUGUUAUGUAUUUCUAAAGCUUGAAAAUAGUACAAGACAGGAAAGUGAAUUACACGGACUGAUGCUUUUAUGACUCAUCAUACUCUAUGGGACUUGCUGAGGAUGUAGAACUGUGGCCAAGCUACUGAUUACCUGUUGGGACUGUUAAGAAAAGCAUCGUGGUUAUUUAAAGACACAUUCUUUCCCUGAAUUAAGGAGACCUUUUUUUGUUUUGGAAGUUGAUUAACUGUAAUGGUCAAUAUCCAUUUUUAUCCCAGUCUCAUUGAAUCUAAACCUCAGCUUUGCUAGGGCUAUACUGAAUUAUUUGAAAAGUUUUAUUCAAUUUAAAGUUAAAUUUUUUUACUUAAUUCAUUAGAGUAAUAUUGCUAUAUCCCAUUGUAGAAGUGGAGAUUUCAUAUUUAGGAUUGAUAUUGCUAAUUAUACAA